UCAGAGUCAAGCAGUGAAGAAGAGCAAAAUGAAGAAGGUUUUUGUCUUUCUAUGUCUACUAGGAGUAGCCGUUUCCAAGCCCGGAUUCCGAUUUGGUACACGAUACGGAAACGCAAAAGCACUUAAUUACAUCCCAGCUAGCAUUGUAUCCUCGACGCCAACUCCUUACAAAUUUUCAAACUUAUUUGGAAAUACAUUUACCCCGACUCCAGCGCCAACUUUUAUUCGUGCAACUCCUUCACCAUUUUUCAUUCGUGCAACGUCUUCCCCAAGUUACAUCCGUGCUACAUCAAAACCCCAGCUUCUGCAAUAUGUAGCUCCAAAUAUCUACUUCUCACCAAAUCGUCAACAGCAGCAACCACCACGUAUAAGUGACACUCUUUUUGCUGCCCCGCUUGAACAAGGCUUCAUCAGCUCUACUGCAUCGCCACCACUCCUAGGAAUCGGAGGAGGAGCAAGCUUUGGAACCACUGUUUCACCACCAAUAAAUGUACUUCCUGUGGACAACGUCAAUGCUAACCCAAUUCCUGUAGAAGUAAGCAACAUUGGCGAUGGAGGAAUCAACACCGUGGAAAAUAAUGUUUUUGAAGUCCCCGUUGAUGAAGCAGAGAUCACCAAACACUUUUAUAUUCACUCGGCCCCCGAAGAACCUGAAGAAGUUGUACACAAGCAUUUCACCAUUGGCAAGCCACAGAAGGCUUACAGGGUCGUCUUCAUCAAGGCUCCAGCAUCGAACGCACAGGCCAGCAUUUCAGCUUCAUUUGCUCCUAAGGAGGAGAAGACUGUGAUUUACGUAUUAAGCAAGAAGCCUAAUCAUGUUGAAAUCAAGGACGUUGUCACUCCACCACCGACCGAACCAAGUAAACCAGAGGUCAUCUUUGUUAAGUAUAAGACAAACGAAGAAGCAAUUCAUGCACAACAGUCAAUUCAAGCUCAAUAUGAUCAGCUCGGCGGAUCAAGCCAAGUAUCGAAUGAAGGUGUUGCACCAAUCACCUCUGUUGUUGGCGUUCUUGAUCAGUCUGAUCAAAACAACCAGAAUGAAGUUUUGGCAGAUCCCAUAGUGGCCGUUACACCAACUCCAGCAUCCGCUAGUGGAAUUUAUCCUUUGAAUCAGAAUUACAAAGUCUUAGCAGCCAGAAGUGUUGAAUAAAUCGUGCAUAUGUUGGAAACAUGUAAUCCAC